ACGCUCCUAAUAUCAUUUCAGAUCCAAAGCAGUAAGGCUGUAUUCGACAUGGAGAGCUCGUCGGUGUACAUGUGUUUCCCAUGCUACCGGGAGUUCCCCACACUCGAGGAAGUGCUGACACACCAGCUGACCUGCACUGCUGAGAACACACAACCUCUGUCUGUUGGCACUGCUAUAGAGGCUGCUGCCAUCUCUGCUGGUCUACCACAGUUGGAAGGUCAGUCAGUGUAUGUUCCUGAGGUUCAAAAUGAGAGAAAACCUGUACCCUCCUCAGAUGUACCACGUGUCCUCUACCAGUGCGCUGACUGUGAGCUCCUAUUUGAUGCACUCUUGUUGUGGCAGCAGCACCGAAAGCUCGGCUGUUGCCUGGAGACUGGACCUGGACCAGGACCUGGACCUGGGGACGUGGCUGCCACCUCUUUGCCACGACCCAUCAGCCAGACGCAUGCAAGCAAAGUGUCUUAUAAUGAUCAGCUAGUUGAGUUGGAAGGAGGAGUCAAACAUGAAUCAAGUGUGGAGACUUUUACUCCAGUGAACUCAGAAUUAAUAGAUAUCAAUGCUGAAGAUGUUCCACAACUGAAUUUAACAUGCAGCAGUGAUCCCCCUGAGCCCUCUGAGGAACCUGAACCUCAGCAGCCUGAGUGCACUGAGCCUGUGCAGGAACCAAGCCCACAAGUGAGACGGAGAGGUCAGAAGAAGGCCAAGCCUCCCUCUAGCCUGCUGUGUGUGGAGUGCGGCCGCUGCUUCAGCUUGGCUUCAGAGCUGGUGACUCAUCGGAAGACGGCGCACAACCUGAAGGAGGCCAUCCACCGGUGCAACGUGUGCGGCGAGGGCUUCCUCAACACCACGCUCUUCCUCUACCACCGCAAACAACACCGCAGUCAAAUACAAGAAGAGGAGCAGAAAGAGGUGGAAGUGCCCCAGCUCUCCACCACCCUGCUGGAAGCUCCAGGAGAAGGUCUGCUCCUGCUCGCCACCGCCGGAGAGGGCCAGAGUCUGAUGGAGAUUACCAGCCUGGAGCAGACAGUACCCGACGCUGUGCCCAUCCCUCAGGUGGAGGUGGAGCUCGAUCCUGUGAUUAGAGGCGAGGUCAUCCAAUCAAAUGGAGAUGAACCUGUGCCUCAGGCAAUUGAAAGAGAACAAAUAGAGGAGACAGAAGUUGCAGAGAUUGUCAACAUGGAAGAGGAGGAAGUUGAAGGCAGAGAUGAGGCCACGAAUGAAGAAGUCAUUGAAGAGCGACAAGUGGAGACAGAGACUAGCAAUGUGGAUAUGGCACAGACGGAUGAGGAAGCAUCUUCAGGGCUUUCCACAUGCCCGAAUUUCCUGUGUAGCCAGUGUGGGUGCUCUUUUAAUGCUGAGCACGAGUUAGCAAAGCACCGCAGUAGUGAGCACGGCCUAGCGGAGGCACUACACAGUUGCACGGAGUGCGGCCAGGAGUUCAUGAGCACCACUCAAUUUCUGUACCAUCGAAGAGAACAUCGCAAGGCCAUACCCUCUCCUGCUAGACUGAACACCACCUUCAUCCCUCUGGCCAAACACCCUCCUGCAUCCCCUGCCCUCCUGCUUCGACGGCCAGAAAGCUUGACUGAAACGACGCUGGCCGACGUCACGCUCGAAGCCACAGCCAAGCUGAGCCGUGAUUGGUCACGCACGCCGCUCCCCCACGAGUGCCCGCACUGCGGGCAGGGCUUCACGCGGCGCAGCCUCCUGCGCGAGCACGUCUUCCAGCACACGGGCGAGAAGCUGUUCAACUGCAACGUGUGCAACAAGAGUUUCCCGACUCCUGCUGGUCUGCUGCGCCACAGCCUGUGCCAUGGUCCACCACGCUGCUUUACCUGCCCCAUCUGCACCAAGACCUUCUCUCAGCCUGCCUCGCUCAAGCGCCACAUGCUGAUCCACGAGGACGGCACAGAGAGGAGAGGCCAUGGGCGAAGCAAAGGCCGAGGACGUCCUCCUGGAGACACCCGUCUGCUCACCUGUCCCGACUGCCCAGCCAGCUUCAAGCUGGACUCACAACUGCAGAUGCACAGGCUGCUGCACACUAGUCACCCUUUCCCAUGCGGUGUGUGUGGACAGGCGUUUAAGCGACGGAAGGAGCUCGACCUGCACUCUCUCAUGCACCAAGAUAAGGAGCCUGUGGUGUGUGCUCAGUGUGGCUCUCAGUUCCUGAACCAGGCCGUAUUAGACGUGCACGUUCAGCGCUGCACAGGAAAAAUUACUCAGCGGCGCCGUUAUCCAGGUCAUGGGCGUGGCCGAGUCGGGGGUCAGCUUGAGUGCGAUAUGUGUGGCCACCGCUGUGUGACCCAGGAUGGUCUGGAACUGCACCGGCUCUCGCACACAGGCCAGACGCCGCUACGCUGCCCUCUCACACCCUGCAGGAAACGAUUCGCUUCCAGUUCAUCCCUGGCACAGCACGUGGUGGCGCACUGUCGUGCGCCGCUGUCCAAGAGGAACACCCCACGCCGCUUCACAUGCGAUUUCUGCACCAAGGAGUUUGCCUACGCCUCCACCUUCGCCGUGCACAUGCGCACACACACAGACGAGAGGCCCUUUGAGUGCAAUCAAUGUGGGAAGCGUUUUCGGCAGCUGCCCCACCUGCAGGACCACGAGCGUAUCCAUAGUGGCGAGCGGCCGUUUGUGUGUUGGGUGUGUGGGAAGAGUUUCAGCGUGGCAGCACGAUUAGCCGAGCACGCCCGGGUGCACAGCGGCGAACGCCCGUUCGCUUGUCCUCGAUGCCCCACCGCCUUCCGCUCGCGCCCCAAUCUCCACAAACACCUCCGUCUGCACGCCGUUGACCCCAAUGACCCCAUCACCGAAGCCACUGCAGACCAGGACUCGGCCGUACAGACCAUACUGCUGGUGCAGGAAGCCGCCUCACCCACAUCCACGUCGGCAAUGGCGUCUACCUCCACCGCCGUCCCCAUCAUCCAGGAGGGCACGCUGGUGCCCGAUCAGCACGGUGCCUCUGUGGUGUUCCUCCAUAACAACAUUGCAGUCCCUGCAGUUACCAUGCCCACCAUAUCAGUGGUGGCUGGCCAAGAAGUCCCGCACACCAUCGAGUUCAUUAUAGAGGAGACUGUGUAGAGAGAGAGCGAGAGAGAGAGAGAGAGAGGAGUGAAUGGAAUGGAAAGGAAAGAAAGACAGAGAGAUUGGGGCUAUUUGUGAAAUGACUUGAGAGAUGGGCACAGAGAUAACUUAAGGUUAUCUAGGCAAGAAAGAGAGAAUGAGCUGAGGUUAAAACCUUACAGGAUAAAGCCUUUCUCUUUGUAUGUGUAGAAAAGAAAAUGUUAGCUGAUGCUUGUCUUAAAUGGCUGCUCAUUUUUUUGGACUAGCAGAAGCAGAAUUCAUCAAUUAUGCCAAAAUUAUAAGGAGGAAAAAUUGAGCAUGGCGUGUACAAGCUUGUAUAUAUAUUUCCACCACUCUGUCCUCAUUUGAGUUCGGUAUUAUUACCUUUGGCAUGAAUUGCUCAUAAACUUUAUAGUGUGUGUUUUUAAUAAAACAAUUUGGCUUUCUGGG